AUGUUAUCUUUGGGAGAUUUUAGACUCCCAUUUCCAGGUGUUCUGAAGAUUGUGUUCCUGGUCACAGAAGAGUUUUACAGAGAGGAAAAUUUACCUGCUGCUUCGAUUGUGUUCAGUGCUCAGAAGGAGAAAUUUCCAAUCAAGAAGUGGCCAAAUGAGAAAAAAGAAAAAUGUAUUCAGAAAUCCACUGAAUAUUUAUCCUAUGAAACUGAUCUUAUAGCCUUCAUUCUUUCUACUCUCUCUAUAUUGUUAUCUAUUGUAACAUCCAUUAUCUUGGGAAUCUUUAUUUCAUUCCGGGACACUCCCAUCGUUAAAGCAAAUAACCGGAAUCUCAGUUUCAUCCUUCUGGUUUCCAUCAUGCUGAGCUUUCUCUGUGUGUUUCUGUUCCUUGGUCGCCCGGUGGAUAUAACCUGCAUGCUGCGUCACACCUCUUCUGGAAUAAUCUUCUCUGUAGCCGUGUCUGCAGUUCUGGCCAAGACGAUCAUGGUUUGCAUCGCUUUCAAAGCUACUAAGCCCAGUAGCAAUUGGAGAAAAUUUGUUGGGGUCAAAACACCCAACUGUGUGGUGUUUUUUGGUUCAUUUACUAUGCUUAUAAUAUCUAUCAGCUGGCUCUGUAUCGCACCUCCCUUCCAGGAGAUGAACACUCACUCUUACCCUGGAAAGAUCAUCAUUCAGUGCAAUGAAGGUUCAGUCAUUGCCUUUUACACUGUCCUGGGUUACAUGGGGUUCCUUGCAGCUGUGAGUUUCAUUGUCGCUUUCCUGGUCAGGAAAUUGCCGGAUAGUUUUAAUGAAGCCAAGUACAUCACCUUCAGCAUGUUGGUUUUCUGCAAUGUGUGGAUCACGUUUAUCCCGGCUUAUAUGAGUGUUAUGGGGAAAAACACUGUGAUUGUUGAGAUUUUUGCUAUAAUAGCUUCUAGUGCUGGAAUUCUAGUCUGUAUAUUCUUCCCAAAGUGUUUCUUUAUUCUGCUAAGGCCUAGUAUCAAUACAAAGAAACAUGUAUUAAAACAUGUGGUUUUGGUAUAA